AUGGCCCCCAAAAAGAAGCCCGCAAAGGGCAAGGAGAAGAAGGAGAAGAAGGGCUCCGCCGGGAAGGAUGGCGCGGCGGCGCCGGGCGCCGCCGACGUGGAGGGCGCGUCGAUCGACGAGCUCAACCAGAAGGUUGUCACGCUGGAGCGCGAGAAGAACAAGGAGGAGGAGUACAGGAACUACAUGCAGCUGGAGAGGGACAAGAUCAAUGCGUUCUGGGAGAUCACGAAGAAGGACCUGGAGGAGCGCCGCGCCGACCUGCGCAACAAAGACCGGGAACUGGAGGAGAUGGAGGAGCGCCACCAGGUCGAGGUCAAGGUCUACAAGCAAAAGGUCAAACACCUGCUGUUUGAGCACCAGAACAACAUCGCCGCCUUGAAAGCGGACGGGGAGCUGGCGCUGAAGCUGCAGCAGGACGACUUCCGGCGGCGCGAGGGGACGCUGGGGCGCGACAAGAGGUCCCUCAAGAAGGAGAUAAAGGAGCAGGACGUGUCCCACCAGGAGCUGGUGCGCGCGCUGCGCGUGGAAGCUGCCAAGGAGGGCAGCAAGGCGCGGCAGGGCUUUGAGCUGGCGGCGCGGGAGCUGGCGGCGAAGCACGAGCGGCGGCUAAAGAUGGCGCGGGACGAGAUGGAGCUGCGGCGCAAGCACGAGCUGCACGAGGUGGAGGAGCGCAAGAACGCGCACAUUAACGAGCUGAUGAAGCAGCAUGAGGCGGCCUUUGGUGAGAUCAAGAACUACUACAACGACAUCACCGCCAACAACCUCGACCUCAUCAAGGUGCGAUCUGAGGACUUACACGCGCGGUGGUGGUUUGCAGAUUUGAUCUGUCGAAAAGCGCGACGUGUGGAGGGAGGCACGUCUGUGGGCACAUAA